AUGUGUAACAUGAAAUCGCCCAUCGACGAUCAUGUCACAUUUGAUAAUCUGGGGAUCAGAGAUCUACUAGUGUGGAUAUCACAAUCUCUAAAGGACUCUGUAUCUCCAUGUUAUCCCGUCUUAUUAGUUCAAACUGCAAUCUACUUCUCGCUCUACCUUGCCGACUUUGAUGUCAAUGUUCAAAAAGGGGUAGCUUCACGAUCGUCACUGGAUCUGUGA